GCGACUUACAUCCACCUGUAAAUUGCGAUAUAAAAUAAACAAACCUAAUUUUCUCAACUACGAUUCAUAUUGCCGUAAUUACUAAUAUGACUAGUUUAAGUAAUGGCAUCACCAGGGAGAAAAUUUUGAAUAUAAACGACAGUCUGAGAAUUAACAAUUUGCAUAAAAAGGAACUUAACUUCAAAUUUGUAAUUAUAGGAGACUUUGGAGUAGGGAAAACAUCAAUUAUAGGAAGAUACACAGAAGGACAAUUUUCAACUUCAUAUAAGAUAACAAUUGGAGCUGAUUUUGCUAUAAAAACACUGGAGUGGGAUGAAGACAUUCGAGUCAACCUUCAUUUAUGGGAUAUAGCUGGACACGAGAGAUUUGGCAGUUUAACUGGAGUCUUUUAUAGACAUGCGGUAGCAGCUGCAAUAGUGUUUGAUUUGACACGGCCAGAGACUUACUCAUCGGCAGAAAAGUGGAUUUUAGAUCUAAGAAGAAAGGUACACUUGCCUGGAGGAUUACCAAUUCCCGUAGUUAUUUUAGCUAACAAAGGAGAUAUAACUAUUACUACACUGCCACCACAAAUAGAAGAUUUCUGCAAGGCAAAUAAUAUUUUGGCUUGGUUUAUCACAUCAGCAAAAAAUAAUCUUAACAUAGAAGAAGCUAUGAUUCGCUUAACAAAUGCUGCCAUACAGAACCAUCAUAAUUUACAGUUCCCCCUAAUAAUGGAUGAUAUUGUAAGUUUAACGAACACAUCAGAAAAUAGUGACGUCAAAAGAAAAACCUGCUGUUGAAGACUACUUUUACACACUUUUAGGAAUCUCAAAACAAAAAAAAAAUGGAUAUUAUUUAAUAUAUUUUUAUAAUAUAAAUAACAAACUACAUUUUAACAAA